GUUGAGAUUGGUGAAAGUGUGAGAGGGGAAGAUGUCUACAUUAUCCAGAGUGGCUGUGGAGAAAUUAACGACAACCUGAUGGAACUCCUCAUCAUGAUCAAUGCCUGCAAGAUUGCCUCGGCAUCCAGGGUGACUGCAGUGAUCCCAUGUUUUCCAUACGCCAGGCAAGAUAAAAAGGACAAGAGUCGUGCUCCAAUUUCUGCCAAACUUGUGGCCAAUAUGCUGUCGGUGGCUGGGGCGGAUCACAUCAUCACCAUGGACCUGCACGCCUCGCAGAUACAGGGCUUCUUCGAUAUUCCUGUGGAUAACUUGUACGCGGAGCCAGCGGUCUUGCAGUGGAUUCGGGAAAACAUCACUGAGUGGAAGAACUGUAUCAUCGUUUCCCCAGACGCAGGGGGAGCCAAAAGGGUCACGUCAAUUGCAGACAGGUUGAACGUGGAAUUUGCUUUGAUUCACAAAGAGAGGAAGAAAGCGAAUGAGGUGGAUCGGAUGGUUCUGGUGGGCGACGUGAAGGACCGCGUGGCCAUCCUCGUGGACGACAUGGCCGACACCUGUGGCACCAUCUGCCACGCUGCCGAUAAGCUACUCUCGGCUGGAGCCACCAAAGUUUAUGCUAUCCUUACCCAUGGGAUUUUCUCUGGGCCAGCUAUUUCCAGGAUAAAUAGUGCCGCCUUUGAGGCUGUUGUUGUCACGAACACAAUUCCCCAAGAGGACAAAAUGAGACACUGCUCCAAGAUUCAGGUCAUUGACAUUUCCAUGAUCUUGGCUGAGGCAAUCCGAAGGACACACAACGGGGAAUCCGUGUCGUACCUGUUCAGCCACGUCCCUCUAUAAAGCCAGAAUAUGACGUGACGAGCAGACUGCUCUGACUUCUGACCUGCUUUUGUUUGUUUGAUUUUUAGCUUAGGACUCAGCAAUGGUAGAAUAAUCACUGGCAAAAGCACAGAUCUCUGUAUUCUCUGUGAUUCAUUCAGUGUUCCUCUUUCUAAAGCUCAAGACCAUUUCUUUCCAGUUUUGGGGGGAUGGUGGUGGUUAUUUGGUCUUUAAGUGGACUAUCUUAAAUGAGAAAUGGUUUUGUCAACUUGACUUGUUCAUAUGAUCUUUUUUCCUUUGUUCUUUUAGUACUUUGUGGUGACAUCUUUCAAUUCUAUAAUUCCAUUGUGAAAGUUCAUAGUUUAUAUAUUUUGAGGUUGCCAAAGGUAACUUCAGAUUAAAGCCUUCUGUGUAAAUAUAUAAUGAUAAUGCUUGUGGACAUUUGAGUCAAGCCCUGUAUAAAAUUAGCCCUUUACUUUGGAGUGAAACUUAGAAAAUUUAUAAUACCAUGAAUUUUGAAUUCUUUCUUUCCUUCCUUCUUUUUUUGGUAACUGAGUUUCAAAUAAACCAUCUUGGUUACUGUGCUUAAUAUGGGCCAAAUUUUAUUUGGCUUAAGAUGGCACUGACUCAUUUAUUUUUGGGGUAAACAUUAGACGUAUUAGAGGCGAUAUAUUUCUGUAUCUUUUUUUAUUACCACUUCCGAAACAUAUUAUAACUAUCACUUACCUGAAAUGCCGUGUCCUAAAAUUCCAAAAUAAUGUUCAGCAAUCGCUCUGAUUUAGAAACUGUUUUGAAAUACAGUCUCCAAGCUCAUUGUCACGUUGAUACCCUCCUCUGUCCAUCCCAGGUGGACAAUUUUGGGGGAGGCACCUCAUGUCCUAUCACCUUGCUCUUUUACAUCAUAUUUUUAGCUAUAACUUUUACUUUGUAUUUUUUCCCAGUAAUUUCAUGUUGUAGGUUUCCACCAAAAUAAAGACUCUCAUAGAUCUCAAAUUUACUAGCCUAAUCACUAUUUUGCUUUUGACAUAAAUAAAAAGGUGACUUUUUAUGAGUGCCACCAAAUGCAUUAAUUUGGUUAAAUGUUCUUUUGCCCUUUGUAAUCAGAAGUUACAAGUCUCUAGUAACUGAUCGUUUUAACUAAAGCAGUUCAUGAAAAAUGUGGGUUGGAGAGGCCUAUUAAAAAAGUGCAAAUAAGUAAACAUUAGUUGCUCCAUUAGGAUAAUUUUCAAAAAGUGGCUCAAAAGUGACAGUGGAGGGGAAAUUCACUGAGGGUUACAGUCCCCAUAAGAUGGCCCUUACAACAACCUCUAAGUGAAGUGCCUGGCUGCCUCUGUGGCAGAAGUCAAGCGUAGACUCGUUGUGAAUCUUGUCAUCCGCACAUUGGUGGACAACCAACUGAAUUCUCCAGCCCCCAAAGAAAAGGAUGUGCCUGCAUAGACAAAGCCUAGGAAUAAUAAACAACAAUCUCUUCCUUCUGCUGAAUCUUAAAACUGGUAGAGAAUAAAUUCUCUGAUCUAAAUUCUGCAGGUAGAAAAAUCAAAUCUACUUUGGUCAUUAACAAACUUGAACAGCAGUGUUCAGGGUUUCAAACGUUACUACAGCGGAGGUUGAAUUGAAAUUAGAAAGUAUCAUUUUAGUUGUUGCAGGAACUAGGAUUUCAAAGGAUAGUGUAGUCUGGUAAAGUAAGCCAUGCAGUACAGACUAACUGUAGCUAGAUAGAGUUGACUUGACAUAUAUAAAGAGCCUAUUUUGAUACUUUGUAGUUUUUGUUUUUGAUAAAUAUGUGACAUCUUUAUUUCUUGAAAUUUUCAUGCUUGUACAAAAUGAAGAUAUAGUUAUAAAUGCAUAUAUGUAGACAACUUGACAUACAAGUGUGCAAGUUUAGACAUGUUGACAUGACUAAAGCCAGUUAAUUUAAAGGUCAGAAUUUCAUCUAAGAUAUUUAAAGUGUAAGAAUAUAUAGACCUAGUUUUAAAAUGUGAUCUUCAGAUAAAAAAAACUGUAUAUGAAAAUCUGCAUUGUCAUUCUCUGAAUUAAGAACUGAUGAUUUCUAUCAUUAUUUAGCCCCACUUUUGUAUUUUAAAGUACUUCUGAUUAUAUUUAUGAACUGAUUAGACUGGACUUAGCCAUAUGCAGUGGAAAUUUAGAUCUUAACCAUCUGAUGGUUUUGGUUCAACAGAGGUGAUGAAGACUGCCUGGUGAGCAGCUUAAUCCCAGAACAUUAGUGUUCCCUGCUGCUGGUGGUGUGGAUACUUCAGUGCGACCACCAAAUAUAUCUGUCCUGUACUACUCUACUGAAUGGGGGUAGACUUGGCAUAUAUUGAGCCAAAAAGAGGAGCCAGAGAAACAUGAAUAUACCAAAGUUAUUUAAUCUCCAACUGAAAUGAUAUUAUCAAUUUACAGAUAUUCGUAUGUAACUUUACUUUGUUAUACAAUGUCAGCUAGAUCCAGGAAUGUAUCAUUUGCAAUGCUUGUGUUUUAAGAUCCUCCAACAUUGUACUAAAAUAUUUCAAUAAAAUGCUGAUUACUUUCUUCCA